GUGGAUUUUGCGUUAAAGGUGAAGGGAUUUUAGGACAGACGUUGGGAAGAAAGAAAACCUGGUGGGAUAAAAGCCUUCGUAAUCAGUGCGGAAGGGAGCAACAGAAGACUAAACCUGGGCUCCUUAGGUGACUUGGGGACCAGUCAUGGAAAGUUUGUCUGCAAAAGGAGAGGUCUCUGGAACACGGAGAGCUUUAAUAAUGAGGGAGCUAAGAUCUGGUUAAAAACUGAGUGAAUUAGCGAGAGACAGGAUCCAGACGUCCUGGAGACAGAUUGAGUUCCGGCUCCCCUUCCCUCCCGCUUCAGUGCAAAUAAGACAGAAUGAACUUUACUCCGACACACACACCUGUCUGCAGAAAAAUAACAAUUGCUUCCAAACGUGGUGCUGCUUCUGGCUUCAGUGAUCCCCAUAGGUGGAAGAAAAUGGCAGACUCAGUGGAGUCUACUCCGCUCCCUUCAAUCGAGGAUCGUCUGGCCGUCCUUUGCCCUUCGCAGGAACUUCUGGAGUAUUAUCAGAAGAAGAUGGCUAACUGUGAGGCGGAAAACGAAGAGCUGUUGAAGAAGUUAGACCUCUACAGAGAAGCUUGUGAAGGACAGCAUAAACUUGAAUGGAAUUUGCAGCAGAGGGAGGAAGAGAUUGCCGAGUUGCAGAAAGCCCUGAGCGAUAUGCAGGUUUGCCUCUUCCAGGAGCGGGAACAUGUUUUACGACUCUACUCAGAAAAUGACCAACUAAGAAUCAGGGAACUGGAAGACAAGAAAAAGAUUCAGAAUCUAUUAGCUCUUGUGGGCACAGACACCGGUGAAGUGACCUAUUUUUAUAAGGAGCCUCCCCACAAAGUAAGCAUUCUCCAGAAGACUAACCAGGCUGUCGACGUAUGUGAACAGUAUGAGCCUUCAGCUUUCAGAUCAGAUCCUAAAGUAAGCAAAAAAAGAGCAACACUGAAAGAAAAGGAAGACAUAUCUGAGCGUUACCAGAGGGAGUUACAAACACUCAUCCUGCAGGUAGAAGCCCUUCAGGCACAGCUGGGAGAGCAGGCAAAACUUUCUAGAGAACAAGUUGAAGGGCUCAUGGAGGAUAGACGGAUUCGAAUUGAGGAGAUACAAGUUCAGCACCAGAGAAAUCAAGACAAAGUCAAAGAGCUGACCAAAAGUCUCCAUCACACCCAGGAGCUGCUCUAUGAGAGCACCAAAGACUUCCUACAACUAAGAUUUGAGAACCAAAGUAAAGAGAAGGUGUGGAUGCUUGAAAAAGACCACUUGCUGUCAAAGAUUAAGCAGUAUCGAGUGCAAUGUAAGAAGAAAGAAGAUAAGCUUGGAAAAGUGAUUCCAGUUUUCCACGAGAGUCAUCAUACCCAGAAUGAGUAUAUUAAGUCUCUAAAGGAUAAGCUAAUACAAGAAAAAAAGCUGUCCAACAUGUACCAAGAACAGUGCAUUUCCCUAGAAGAGGAACUUGCUCGAAUCCGGGAGGAGGAGGGAAUGAGAAGAGAGAUCUUCAAGGACCGCUCCAACAAGAUGGGCAGGCGCCUCCAGAUCAUGACAAGACGCUACGAGGCCCUGGAGCAUCGGCGCGCCCUGGAGGUAGAGGGCUUCAAGACGGACAUUAAGGCUCUUCGGCAGAAGCUGAGAGACCUGGAGCAAAUGCUCUAUAAGGCAACAGUGAAUACCCAGGGGAACCAGGACCUUGCCAUUCUGUGUGAAGUCCGUGACAGCAAUAGAAGAGCACAUAAGAUACAGGGGGAGCUGAAGGACCUCAAGUCCAAGGUGUUCGGUUUGGAGAAAGAGCUUAGGCUGUGUUGACGUCCACUUUCUGGGGAGGUCAGCUUCCUGCUUCCUGAGGCACAGUCACCUGUUCCCAGGCAGUGGGUAUGGAGCUGGCCAGAGCAGUGAUGUUUAUUUCUAUAAGGAUGGUAUUAAGGGUAUGAUGACUCACAUUUCGGGAGGCAGAGACAGAGGACUGCCACAAAUUCAAGGUAGAGGCAGGUGGUUCAAGGCCAGCCUGAUCUACAUAGUAAGUUCUAGGCCAUCCAAGGCUACUUAGUGAAACCCUGUCUCCAAAAAACAAAAACAAAACAUCAAACCCAGAAAGGGAAAGAGAGAAUAGCAGUGGCCAGUGGGUGUUGAAAGGCUGUGCUCGCACCGACCUUGCUGUUUCACUGUGCGCGUCUGAACUUAGCCUGGAUUUCUUGGAGACAUUCCUACUCUUACAUAUUGGCAGGCUUUUCUCUCUUUAAAAAGACAGUCAUGGGGGUGCUAGAGAGUUGGCUUAGUAGUUAAGAGCACUGGCCGCUCCUCCAGAGGACCCGGGUUCAGUUCCCAGCACCCAUAUGGCAGCGCAUGCUGUCUGUAACUCUAGUUCCGGGACUUCCAACACCCUCACGCAGACAAAACACCAAUGCACAUAAAAUAAAAAUAAAUAAAAGGGCAGAGGUGGGAUGUAGCUUAGCUGGUGAAGUGCUUGUCCUGCAUGCAGAACCCUGGGUUCUGUCCCUGAAGCUACAUAAAGCCAGUCUUGGUGGCUCACCUGUAAUCAGCCCUGGAGAGAGGCAUAGGUAGGAGGGUCUGAAGUUCAAAUGGCUAUAUGGUGAGUUCCCAGCUAGCCUGGCUAUAAGACACCAUGUCUAAAAAACAAAACAAAACAAAGAAAGAUGAUAAAAACUCAGGAAGAGAUGUUUUGCUGCACUUGGUUGAGUGUCAUUAGGAGAGUGAGCUUCCUGCGGGAUCAAAGGCAUUCAUUGAUGGCAUUUCUUCCUGGCAGAAAGGGAGGAGGCAGUAAAUGACAUGCAUAAUGGCACUUAUUUAGCUGUGUAACUGUAUUGUGAGUGUGUUCCGGUGACCCACCACCAGGAGGCAGUACAGCCUGUGCUCUUCAGUAAAAAUGGUCAUCAGGAAAAGGGUGCAACUUUAAUUAAAGAGUGCAAAAACCAAAAUGAUACAAGUUGGAUAUUUUGUCAAUUUUUUAAAAAACAUGAUUCAAACUAAGUAUUUUAAAUAAAAUAUGUAGUUUAAAAUA